GGCUGUGCUUGUUGCAGGUUUGGUGCAGUUACCAUAAUGGAGCUUUUUAAGUGUCUGUUUGGUGUGGUGGUUGUUGUUUUGGCUUGUGAUGUUACUGCCCAGCAUCACUGGAAGCUGCCUCUGCAGCAAUACCAACCGUCUCUUCUUCCUCUUCAGCGGCCCCAGCAACAGUUGAAGGUCCCUCCACCUGCAGCUCCCUUUGAUAAAUGCCAGGUAGAGCAGUCUAUCAAGAUCCAUUGUGGGACUGAAGAUGUCACUGCUGAGCAGUGUGGAUUCAUAAACUGCUGCUUUGAUGGGCAGCAGUGCUACUAUGGGAAAGCAGUGACUGUGCAGUGUACCAGGGAUGGCCAGUUUGUGGUGGUGGUGGCUCGAGAUGCCACUCUGCCCCACAUAGAUGUGGAGUCAGUCAGUCUGCUGGAAACAAACGACCCCUCCUGUUCCCCCGUGGGCGUCACCUCUGCUUUCGCCAUCUUUCAGUUUCCUGCGACUGCGUGUGGUACUACACUCAAGGUGGAGGAAGAGGGUUACGUGGUGUAUGAGAACCACAUGUCUUCCUCAUAUGAAGUGGGAAUUGGACCUAGAGGAUCAAUCACCAGGGACAGCCAUUUUGAGGUGUUGUUUCAGUGUCGGUAUUCUAGCACAGCUGUGGAGGCUCUCGUCAUGGAGGUGAACGCUGUUCCUCCACCUGUGCCGGUUGCUGCAGCGGGACCUCUCAGAGUGGAGCUCCGACUGGGGAACGGGCAGUGCCACUCAAAGGGAUGUGUGGAGGAAGAGGCAGCGUUCAGCUCCUUCUACACUCCAGCAGACUAUCCAAUCACUAAACUGCUGAGGGAACCGGUCUAUGUUGAGGUGAACAUCCUGGACAGGUCUGAUCCAAACCUUGUCCUGAACCUGGAGCACUGCUGGGCCACCUCCACCCUAGAUUCUCGCAGCCUGCCACAGUGGGACCUCCUCGUUGAUGGGUGUCCCUACCGUGAUGACCGUUACUUAACCACCGUGGUGCCUGUGGACGGCUCCUCUGGGCUUCAAUACCCAACGCACCACAAACGUUUAAUCGUUAAAAUGUUCACAUUUGUGGAUCAAAACACCUUUACGCCUCGGCAAGACACGGUGUUCAUCCAUUGUGCUACAGCAGUGUGUUAUCCCAGCAGCAUAACCUCCUGUGAACAGCCAUGCCACCGGCAACGAAGAGCUGUAGCUGCGUUGAGGAAAUUUUCCUCAAGUCAGAGGGCUCUAGUGUCGAGCGGAGAGGUGAUCCUGACCGAGCAGAGACCGUCUGCCCCUAACGGCAAAUCGCAGAGAUGACUCCACUGACAGCCAGAUCUGGCCUGUGACUUUUAAUAAAAGCUUGUUAAAAGCUCAUGCGUA